AUGGAUCCUAGCAGGCUGCCGCGACCCUUCGAUCCGCCCUCGCCGCGAGAGCGAGAGACAAGUCCUAAGCGAAGAAGGACUGACGACGUCAACGAAGUGACCGAGUUCGUCACUCAGGCCCGGACUGGGAGUGAUCUGCUCAAGCUCUCCAACAAUCUGCACGACUUUGCGCGUCACCUCAACGAACAAGAACGCUAUCUCCAUCAACAGCAGGCCGAGCUCAUCGAGCAGGAGACUGCUAUGAGUGGGAAGCUCCUGGACGGCGUGCUGAAGAUGAUGGAGACCAACUUCAAUCUUGCGGAGACCUCACCUGAGCCUUACAAAGCUGAGCAAAUGGAGGAGCUCAAGUUCAACAACGAGCAGCUCGGGUUCAAUAUUAGCGUACACCAAACCACGAUUGAGGUCUUGCUAUCCGAACUGAUGAUCGAAAGGGAGGCUCGAAAGACUGCAGAGGCGAAGCUUCAGGAGAAGAAGCGCCUUAGAGACUAA